AUGCUCAACCCACAACCCAAUAAUAAUAAUUCAUCCACAGCCUUCACGACGAUGGUGGCCUCCAUGAAGGAAACAUUUCAAAGCGGAGUGAGUAGAAACCGUGAAUGGAGAGUGGAUCAAUUGAAAAGAAUGAUCGCCAUGUUUGAAGAAAAUCGUUCCGAUUGGGAACUUGCUCAAGAGAAGGAUUUGGCUCAAACUCAACCAUUGAAGACAACCGAAGUGAAUAUGCCCAUUCAUUCAGCACAUUAUUUAUUGGAUAAUUUGAAUCGAUUGAUGGCCACGGAGAGUGUUCCAAUAACAAAUACUGGAAAUAUUCCUGCAGAAGGAUUCAUUGUAAAGGAACCAUUGGGUGUUGUUUUGAUCAUUGGAGCUUGGAAUUAUCCGAUCAGUUUGAUGGGUAUUCCAUUUGCUGGAGCUUUAGCUGCAGGUAAUUUGGUCAUUUUGAAACCAUCUGAAGUGUCUCCAAAUUGUAGUGCCUUGUUUGCAAAGCUUGUUCCAAAAUAUUUUGAUGAAAAGUAUGUGCGCUGUGUGGAAGGUGAUGCUUCUGUCUCUACUGAAUUACUUAAGGAACCCUAUGAUCAUAUUUUCUACACAGGAAGUAUUCGUGUUGGUAAAAUUAUUAUGCGUGCUGCUUCUGAGCACUUGACUCCUGUCACAUUGGAAUUGGGAGGCAAAUCGCCAUUGAUCCUUGACUCGGAUGUGGAUUGUACCGUAGCUGCCAAUAGAAUUGCAUGGGGAAAAACCUUUAACUGUGGCCAAACAUGUGUAGCACCCGACUACAUUUUGUUGAACAGCGCAGUGGCAGACAAAUUCAUUCCUGCUCUUGAAAAAUCUCUCUCUCAAAUGUAUGGAGAGGAUGCUUCCAAGAGCUCAGAUUACUCAAGAAUUGUUUCUGUGAAUCAUACAAAACGUCUCAAAGGAAUGAUUGAUCAAGUGAAAGAUAAGGUCAUUUAUGGUGGUAAUGUAGAUGAGAACACGAAAUAUGUGCAACCAACUCUCGUUCUUAAUCCAGAUCUCGAGAAUGAUCUCGUUAUGCAAGAAGAAAUAUUUGGCCCAAUCAUGCCAAUCAUUGUGUAUGGAGAAAAAAAGAGUGACAAAUAUCCGAGCAAGUUACAAAAUCUUGAUGCUGCUCUCAAAUUUAUUAACUCGAGAUCAAAACCUCUUGCACUCUACAUUUACACCAAAAACCAAGCUCUUGUUGAAAAGAUUAUGCACGUCACACAAAGUGGUGCUGUGGGUAUCAAUGAAUGUGUCAUGCAAGUUGCCGAAGAGUUGUUGCCUUUUGGUGGUAUUGGAUACAGUGGAAUGGGUGCUUAUCAUGGCGAUUCAUCAUUCUACACUUUCACACACAAAAAAUCUGUGCUUAAGAAGAAAUAUUGGCUCGAUUUGGAUUUACGUUACCCACCACUCACUGAAAGCAAGAAGAAGCUCCUAGUUACUGCUCUAUCAGAUAACUUUUUAACCAGAUACAUCAUGCCAGUUGGAGGCUGGCUCUUGAGCAUUGUCAACAAGUGUCUAAAAUAA